AUGGAGGCGCGGGUCGAGUCUCCGCAGCGCGCGCGGGCCCCCGUCGCCUCGCCGCCUGUCGCUCCGCCCCCCGCAGGGGGCAUUUCGCAGCGAGAGCUCCUCAGUGACUUAAAGAGCAUCUCGCAGCGCGCGGGCGCCGUCUGGAGAGGCUGCUCGCCGCCGUCCGCGACCCCCCGUGACGCAGAGGCGACCAGCGCGCAGCAGCGGCAGCUCUUCAGCGACGCCGCUCUCGCCAGCGAGCUGAGGCGAAUGGCUGCCGAGGCGCUCAAGGCCGCGAGGGAGGCGAACGAGCCACACGCGAGAGCGACGCCAGAAGAUGAAACAGCGCAGGAAGACUCGCCGGUGACGGCGCUAUCCGAGAUCAAGGCCGAGCGCGAGCAGAUCGCUCAGGAGACUAUCGAUCUCUCCCUCGCGCUGGACCUCCUUCGCACGUCGCUGCUGUCUUCGGCGGCGAGUUGCCUCGCUCCAGACAAACAAGCCGAAGCUUGGCGCCUCUCCGCCGCCUCCACAGCCUCCUCGAGUGUCGGUACACCCGCCCCGGAGGCUGCGGUUGGGAGUCCUUCUCACGCGGCUGCUGUUUCACAUGCCGCUCCCAAGCGCACUCCUCUCUCAUUGUCCCCGCGUUCUCCUCCUCUUGAUCUCUCCCCUGCGCGCGAGGGCGAAGAAGCCGCGAAACGACGCGAAGACUCGCUUCGGAGUUUCUGGCGACGCCCCGCGGCGGACGCUCGGCUCGUUGAAGCGGUUCAAAGCGAAGCGCUCCAGCGCUCGCGACCGAGCGCAGCUCAGGACCUCCACGAUUUCUGGCGUCGCUUGCUUUCGCUUCCUCCGGUCUGCUUUCGCGGGGAGAUCUGCGAUCUGUUCGCUUCGCCGUCGCUGCCGCAUCUGAUUCAAGACGCGAAGGACGCGCAGCGCGACGUCUUCCUCUUCAACGGGAGCUUCUGCGCAGGUGCGAACGGCUUCGUGCCUCUCCUCAAGAGCCUUCACGACGCGCUGCGUCUCGCGGAGGCCCCCCGUCCCUCUUCUUUUUCUUCUUCUCUCUCUUCUUCUUCUCCGUUUUCCCUGGACUCGGUGCUCGAGGCUCUGCUGCUUCUGCAUCUCCAGAGCCGUACGUACACCGGCGGCUGCAGCGCAGACUUUCUGUUUCCGCUGCUCUCUCUGGCGCCGCUCUGUUUGCUGGUGCCGCUGCCUGCGCAGUCCAUGCAGAAUCAACUCGUCGCUCUCUACGAGCCUGCGCUGUUGGAGGCUGGGUCUUCGCUCGCCUCUCCAGCGGCGUCUCUUUCUCCUUCGGCGUGCGUGUCUUCCUCUCUGCGCGGCGAGGAGCUUCCUGUCGGCGCCCAGCUCCACGCCCACACACAGUAUCGGCUCCACGUGUCGGCCGAAGCGGGCGCUGUGCUGCGCGCCGCGGGCGAGCGAGACGCUGCUUCCUCUCCAUCUGAAGCUUGCGGACGCGGCGAGUCUGCAGCGCGACGCGAGGCGAGGGCGCGCGGCAGUUCCUCGAGAGCCCAGGGAGAAGCGCCGACGCUUCGAGAGCCUGUCGCUGCCGCGCAGUGCCACACGGAGGUGGAAGACGCGUGUUCUCUUCGCUUCGAGAACGCGGCAGCGCUCGCCUCUCCCCCCCCAGAGGGUGCGGCCGUCGCAGAGCUGCUUGAACGCGUCGUGAUAGACGUUCACUGGUUCGGGUGGGCGAACCUGGAGGCCCUCCGCCGCGCGGCGCCUCUGAAGCGAAGGAUGAAGAACGCUCUCCGCGCGCAGGUGACGCAGAGCGAGAAGGCGCGCGGCCUCUGGCAGGAGGUGGCGGCUGACUUCGGCGUGCCGGCGUCUGCGCUCUCGGCGGCGGACGAAUCUGGAAGCGAGUUGGAGGAGCAGCGCUCGGAGGUGCAAGAAGAAGGAGGCGGUUUCUCGGCUCCUGAGGGCGGCUCAGCGCCUCAAGAGAGCGCCUCGCAGGCGGAGCUCUCAGGCGCGAGGAAAGAGACUCUGUUUCGACAGUGCGUCUACCUCAAGACGAACGCGCGGGCGGUCUGGGAGAAAUUUGAAAAAACGCGGCGAGCAGCCGAAAGCAUGUGA